AUGCCAUCUAGCAACGGCUUAGGGGCCGAUGAGGCAUGCAGAAUUCUGAUUCUACGAGGGGACGGCAUAGGACCAGAGAUCAUGGCAGAAGUACUGCCACUCUUUGACCUUGUUCGGUCUAAGUACGAGGUCAAGAUCGAAAUUGUGGAGCUACUGAUUGGUGGAUCUUGCCUUGACCAGCACGACACACCCAUACAGGAUAUCACGCUAGCAGAAGCUUUGAACUGCCACGCUGUUCUGCUAGGUAGUGUUGGAGGACCAAAGUGGGACGUCGGUGACUCGAGCAGGAGGCCAGAGACUGGCAUUCUGAGGCUGCGCAAGCAUCUGAACCUCUAUGCCAACGUCCGUCCUGCCAAGAUCAUCUCUGAGCGACAGCUACAACUCAGCUCUCUCAAGGACGAGGUGGUACGAGGAGUCAACAUCAUCACACUGCGAGAGAAUGUUGGCGGGAUCUACUUUGGCAAGAAGGAAGAGCCGGAUCAACAUGCGAUGAAAGCUUCGGAUCUGUGCGAGUACACGCGAGAAGAGGUUGUCCGCCUCACACGUGUUGCAGCAGCUUUAUCGCUGGCAAACGGCGACCACCCUCUGCCUAUCAUCUCAGUCGACAAAGCAAACGUGAUGGCAACGUCUCGUCUCUGGCGUCAGGUCGUCACAGAGACUAUUCGCGACGAGUAUCCGCAGCUGGUUGACAAGCUGAGCCACCAUUUGGUAGACUCCGCCGCUAUGGUCUUAGCGCGCGACCCGAGAAAGCUGAACGGUGUUGUGCUAACAGAAAACCUCUUCGGCGACAUCCUAAGCGAUCUAACAUCCGUCAUUCCGGGAUCUCUCGGCCUGCUCGGGUCUGCCGAAAUUGACGGCCCUCCAGUUGUAUCUGCUGAUGGCCGACUGCCCGUAGGUGUGUACCAGCCCGUGUCGGGAUCAGCGCCUGAUAUUGCAGGCAAAGGCCUCGCAAACCCCAUCGGCAUGUUUGAGUCCUUCGGCCUCAUGUGUCGAUGGUCUUUGGGUCUUGCUGAGAUGGCUGAUGCAGUAGACAGCGCCAUCAAACGCAGUCUCGAGGCCGGCCAAUGCACUCAUGACGUCGGAGGCACGCUGUCGACGCAGCAAGCUGGGAGUCAACUGCGACAGUACAUCCAGGAGACCUUAUCGUGA